CUGGAUGCAGAAGACAGUGGCUAUGGGAGCUGAUGGAGCAGCUGUGAAUCUUGGGAAGAAGGGAGGUGUAUCAGUGAAACUCCAAGAGGAGGCAGGAAAGCAUAUCAUCCCAUUUCACUGCAUGCCUCAUAGAUUGGAGCUUGCCCUACUCUCUGCUCAGAAGGAUUCACCUUGGGUAGGCAAUGUGUACAACCUGCUCCACUUAAUUUGGAAGACCUAUCACUUCAGCUCUAAAUCCAGAAGGGAAUCAAAACGCCUUGCAGUCGAACUGGGUGUAUCGGUGAACAAUCCAGGUGGUGUCAAGGGCACAAGAUGGUUGCCACAUGUGUCCAGGGCAUUGGAUGUGCUGCUGAAGCAAGAGAAGAAGGAGGGGACCCUGGAAGAUUCUGGGCAGUACACAGUAGUAUAUGCUCAUAUGGACCACCUGGCUGCUUCAUCAACAAAUGCUGAUAUAGCUGGCAGAGCAAAGCAUAUCAAGGAGACAAUGGAGGAUGGCUCAUUUCUGGCUUUCUGCCAUUUCUUGGCAGAUUUAUUUUCUGCCAUCAGUAAAUACAGCUUGUUACUUCAAAGAAAUGAUGUGAUCCUCCCCCAGGGAGUUCCUUUGAGGAAAGGAGAGGCAGAGAAUAUGGCUAAGGAUGGACCAAUCAGUCAGACUGCUCCCAGACUUCAGAAGCAGAUAGAGACCACCGUUGCUGCAAUAGUUAAACAGCUUCAUCUUCGAUUUAGCAGCCUGCUUUGUCAGGAGGAACAUGGAAUGGACACUUCAGUAACCAAAGCAGUCAAAUGUUUUCACGUGUUCAACCAUGAUGUUUGGCCAGAGACAGCAGAGGAGUUGGUUGAUUAUGGAAUAGAGGAGGAACGGCUGUGACUGUGCCCUUGCCAUGGAGGAGUUCCAGACCUUGAAAACCCUAGUGUUCAUGUCUUUUAAAGACAAGAGCUACCACAGGUUAUGGGAAGUCCUUCUAACCAAGGAACCCUAUUCCUCAGAUUUACAGAACAUCCUUCAUCUAGUAAAGAUCAUGUUAGUCCUUCCUGUAUCCUCAGCGCAGUGUGAGAGGGG